UUUAAAUGAGUGGUAAGAUCGAAAGGGAACUACAUCUUAUCUGAAGAGCCCGCAAAGAGAAAGAGAGCGAUAUCUUCAAUAAUACAGAUUUAAGAAGAAAAGAGCCUACUUUUAUAUCAUAUUUAAGUUUGUAAUAAUAGUAAUAAUGUCAACGAGUUCGCUGAGUGACGCUGAUGAUGCGCCGGAAACAGCAUUCGCACGUCUCGAUUCUCACUCCGAAGAUGACUUUAACGACGACGAAGGACCCAACACCAAACCUGAGCGAUCGAACAUACAAAAGGGAGCAAAAAGACUAAAAGAUGGACGACAGUCGCAGCGACACGCGGCCAACGCACGUGAAAGAGCGAGGAUGAGAGUCCUAGCAAAAGCGUUCUCACGUCUGAAGACUAGUUUACCAUGGGUUCCAGCAGACACCAAACUGUCCAAACUGGACACACUAAGGCUCGCCUUGAGCUACAUCAAUCAUCUCAGACAGCUGCUGCAUGAGGAUAAAUAUGAAAAGACCCUCGUCCAUCCGGUAAAUAUGUCAUGGCCUUUUGUGGUUUCAGGAAGACCAGAUGACACAAAAGACAUUUCAACGUUCAGGUUGUGUGGAGCUACAGCCUAAAUGUAUCACUAAGUCUGUUUUUAUCUUCUUCAUUUUUUAUUUUUUUAAUUAAAAUUUCAUACACCAGAUGUGUAUUGGCUGAAACUAGAUAUUUCUCUUUUAUAUUACUUUUUGUUUGCAGUAUUUCUUGUUUGUGCUUUUUUUUGUUUUUUCUUUUUACUUCUAUAGCCCGAUUUUACCCAAAUCCCAA